UUGUCAAUUAAAAGUCACAAUUAACAUUCGUGCACCUCAAAUUCAAAGUGUUUCAAACCCCACAAUGAAGAAACAAAAAAGCACAGCGUUUGAUCCUCAGAGCAAAACAAUCAUGUACCCAGAUUACAAAAAAGAGUCUCAAAGCGUCCAACAACUAGCUGAAAAUUUUGAGGAUCAAAGCAGGAGAUCCGUGGCCAAAGUAAAAAGCGCUUUGGUGAAGCAAACCGAAGAAUAUUUCACUUAUUUAAACUGUGACUGUACUCCCGAUUUUUACAAUAGGGUGUUGGGGCCGACAGCAGACGAGGCUUUUCUUCAAGGGUUACAGACAAUUUUCGAUGUUUGCAGUAAGUUCAUGUACUGCCACAAGGAGCCGGAGAUACAGGUUCAGCCACCGUCAUCUGCUAAAUCAGUCCCACAGGUGAUAUCGGAAGUAUUGGCAUCUAUAGGGAUUCCGCCUGAGGUGGUUAAUGAAAUUGUGCAAACAUCUUUCGCCGCACUACAAGAGGAAAAACCGGAGCUUGCCAGCAAAAUUUUGCAAACUUCGACCCCUGAAAUGGUGUCCAGAAUUCUGCAGACGAUAGGUUUGGAACCUGAGCUAGUUUCACAAAUCAUACAGACAAUAUCGUUCGAAUCGCUCAAACCUAGUCUCUAUUCUGGUGAAGCACAAACAACCCCACCACCCAGCAUGACUUCAGUUGAAGUCCAGACUUCACAAACCACACAAUCAGAAAGUGUAACGGAAGAAUCAAAGGAAGAAUCUGUUUCAGCGGAAGAACCACCACAAAAAAUGUGUGUGUGUUGCAAGUGUACUUUCCCCGAGAGUGAAAGCGUCUCCAGCCUAGACGAACCUCCAAGUCAGCCUGAAACCAAAGUCUGGAUAUGCUCCAAGUGCUACUCCUUGAACAAACCCGGAACCUGUUGCUCCAAACCCAAACCCCCUCCUCCAGAGUGCCUUAAAGCUAACUCUGAAGCUCCAACCAAAUUAAAGUUGUGUCGGUGCUACGAAUGCUCCGCUCCUGUGCUUUAUCGCAUCGACAAGACCCAACAAGAGUGUUUAUGUAGUAAACCCAAAGUUAAAUGUAAAUGUCGCGGCGACAGACGGAAAAGCAGCGGCAGUCACAUCGCUUUUGCGAAAGGAGACACUUGCUCUUUGGUGGAAACAAGUUGCUGCUGCGAGACUCACAAGUGCUAAUAAUUUCAUGAGGAGCUCAUUGUGCUAAGUUUAUCACGACUUUUAACCCGCAUUGCUGAUAUUGCUAAACUGUAACGAAAUUAAGUGUUUACGAAAAAUAAAGUGUUGGAUUUUUGGCAA